GCUCGCCUCGCCUGCGGCGCUGCCAUGGAGACGUCCCGCGGCGACCCGCGGCCUGGCGCGCUGGCGGGGCCUGAGGCUGCAGCGGCGGCCGGACCCCGAGCGGGGCUGGGACUCGCCGCGCGCGGAUAGGGACACUGAGGCUGGGCCGAGCGGUUCCGCGGCGUCGGGCGGUUAGUUAAAAGAGGAGCCGCAUCUGGCGAGACCACGCUUAGGUCUGCACCACCCGACGGUGACGGACGCGGCUUCCUGCGCAGCAUCGUCCUUGGGAAGAGAGGAAGACUAGGCAGAAAAAGAGGGCUGAAUAAAAGCUGGUCCCAGAUGCCCAGCGCAUAGCAAACGCUGGGACCCACCUUGCCAGCCGGCCCGUGCACAGAUGAGUGUAGCUCCCGCCAACCGCCGGCUAGUCGUGUCCAGCGUCCUUCCCUUCAGGGCACUGGUCUGUCAAGUUCCACGGUCCAAGUCGUGGCGUCAGAUGAGCCCCCCGAGGGGCUGCCUAAAUCCCUGCCUCUCCACACGUCACCCAGCCAGCACCUGGACCAGGAGGUGCCGUGGCCAGGACGCCACUCCGACCCGGUCACAGCCUCAGCGAUGGGUCCCGGGUGGCUCUUCCCGAUGCCCCGGGGCAUGUCUCAAGUUUCCCUGCAGCACGGCCCUCCUGAGGAAACUGCCUACAAACGGCCUGGAUUCCUAAUUUCCAUCCUUAAGCUAAGUAAAGAAUCCUCAAACCCAACAGGUGAAAAAGCUCUUAAUCGGGUGAUUUAGUGUGGAGCGGCUGGAGCUGUCCACACUUGAGGAUACCCCGGGUAGCAGUCCAGGGAGGGUGGGGGCCCAGCUCCGGAAGAGCCAUGAGCGGCCGGGUGCCCCUGGCAGAGAAGGCCCUGUCUGAGGGCCAUGCCCGUCUGCGGUACAGAGACACCUCUUUGCUCAUCUGGCAGCAGCAGCAGCAGAAGCUGGAAUCGGGGCCUCCUGGGACGUACCUGAGCAGGAGCCGAAGCAUGUGGUACUCUCAGUACGGGAAUGAGGCCAUCUUGGUCCGAGACAAGAAUAAGCUCGAGGUCUCCCGAGACACCGGUCAGUCCAAAUUUUGCACCCUUAUGUAAUUCCAGCGUGAAAACCUACGCCCAGUGCCAGGCUUGGAGGAAAACAGGUUCGCUUUCCAUGUCAUAGUCUCGCAGAUGUCUAAUUCUCACUGGCAGAUUUUGAAUAGUUAACAGGAAGACCCAGCGGUGGUUUUAAGAACCAAGGAAGUUCAGAAAUGAAUUCCUGGCCCCUUAGCAAAGGAUCUGGGGAAACUGAUCCUUUGGAGACUCAGCUUCUGGAACCCCUCGUAGGUGGCCAUUGCAGUGCUCUAAUAUCCCCGAGCCCUGGCAGACCUGGCACUGACCUGGGCACUGCUAGAUGCUGCUUUUCCAUUAUGCUUCCAAAUAAAGCAAGCAAGGGUUAACCCCCACCCCCAACCCUUUUCAAGAUUUUGUAGGUUGAUUUUAGUAUUCACUUCUGCCUGGUAAAGAAUGGGCCAGGUUAGGCAAGAUGAGGGAAUUGGUUCAUGUAUGGUCCAUCAUCCGUGUGCAUGGACUGAGACAUAGCUGACUCAGAUGGUCACCAUUGUUGCCAGGGACACUUUGUUGCACUUGCAUUUUGAGUCUUGUUAUCAAAAUGGCCAUCAUUGUAAUGCAGUGUGGCUCCUUCCACACUAGCCUCCAAGCACCUGAGACUUUUAGGCACGUGCAUCCAGAAAACAUUAAGGAAACCCAAAGCUCUUUUUAAGUUCCACAUCAGUUGCCCUCCAGUGGUUUCAAAUUGAAUUGAGUGGUGACAAGAGGCAGGUUCUCAGCUUCCACUCGAGGUUUCAGGCUCUCUAUGGUCCUGGGCUGGAGGUCCCACUGUUUAUAGCAUAUGAUGUAUGCAUGCCGCAGUGGCUCACCUGGACAGGUGUUGUCGUGAAAAGAUUUGCUGUCUGCUGUCAUUAAAGUCUGCUUGGCUACACAAUGUGGAAA